CCAAAGCCCGUCGCGUGCGUCGUUGGAUUCCCUCAACGAGCAAAAACCCUAACUCGUCAUCUUUCCCAUUUUCCAUUUUUUCAUUUCUUCCGAUUCUCAGUCAUGGAGUUCUGGGGAGUCGAAGUUAAAGCUGGGAAGACUCUGAAAGUAAAGCCUGAAGAGGAUGCCCUUAUCCACAUCUCUCAGGCGUCUCUCGGUGAGUCAAAAGACAAGAAGGGAGGAGAAUCAGUGCCCCUUUUUGUGAAGGUGGGUGACCAGAAACUUGUUAUGGGAACACUUUCCCAAGAGAACUUCCCUCAGAUUAGCUGUGAUUUGGUCUUUGAGAAAGAGUUUGAACUUUCUCACAACUGGAAGAAUGGGAGUGUCUACUUUAUUGGCUACAAAUCCCCAAACAUUGAGGGACAGGAUGAGGAGGGAUUUUAUUCUGAUUCAGAAGAAUCAGAUGAGGAGAUCCCUGCAACUAUGACCGAGAAUGGAAAGCCUGGAGCAGCUGUUGAGAAUGCCAAGGCAGAAGCGAAACCAAAGGCCAUAGCUGCUGAAGGAAAAAAGGAUAAGAAGCUCGCAUCAGAGGAUGAUGACUCUGAUGAAGAUGGUGAAUCUGAUUCUGAGGAAGAAGGGCAGAUGGGUAUUGAUGAUUCGGAUGACUCGGAUGAUGACUCAGAGGAUGAAGAAGAGGAGACCCCUAAGAAGGCUGAACCAAGCAAGAAGAGGGGGAAUGAGUCAGCUUCUAAAACACCUGUCCCUGCAAAAAAGGCAAAGGCAGCCGCUACUCCUCAGAAGACAGAAGAGAAAAAGGGUGGACACACGGCAACACCACACCCGGCUAAGAAGGGUGGGAAGGCUCCGGCCAAUGUGUCUCAGAGCCCUAAAUCUGGGGGACAGUUCUCAUGCGGCUCCUGCAAGAAGUCGUUUAAUUCGGACAAUGCACUCCAAUCGCACAACAAGGCCAAGCACUCUGCCAAGUGAAUGACAUAGAGAGCCCAUUUAGAACUACAAAGCCUUUGCUCCCCCUUUUGGUUCUUGUUCCGUUGUUUCCGUCCAUCUGUCGGGAUUGUGGUAUUGUUGUCUUCGAAACCAAAAAUGGUUUAGAAACAAAUUAUCUUGUUUUCGAAUUUUGACGCCUCUUAUCUUGUACGAUUUUGAGUCACCC